UAUGUCACACACCAUAGCAACCUAGGUCAACAAAGAUGGCGGCAAGCUUACUGUACUGCUUGGUGUCACCAUAAAUUUUUUUUCGUAGAGCCUUAUCUUUGCAAGACGUUGCUGCAAAAUGGCUGACCAAGAGGCCGACUUUCAGCCCCAAAGUUCUGAACAGGAAGAACAGAAGGCUACAGAAGAUACAACAAAUAACCAAAAUGAAGAUACCCAGGAGAAUCAAAAUCAGUCAAAUGGUGAUCAAGAAGCUGGUCAGGCAGUAGAAGCUGAUGAUCAGAACCAAAAUGCAGCUGAGGAAGGUGCUGAAGGAGAGCAAGUAGCAAAUGAGGAGCAAGCGGAAACUGCAGCUGAGCCUGAAGCUGCUGAAACUGCUCCAGAGCCAGCUGUAGCUGAACAAGAGAGUGGAGAGAAAGGGGAGGAGGAACAAGCCAAGGCAGAAGAGGGAGCCCCAGAACCGGCCGCAGAUGUCCCAGCUGAUGUGGCUCAGCAACAGGAAGAGGCCGGGGAGGCAGAGCCUGCCGCUGAUACAGCUCAAGAGGAAACUGGGGCCGCAGAAGUCGCGGAAGCGUCUCAAGGUCAAGCGGCCGAGCCAGCCGGGGACGGGGAAGCGACAGACCAGGCCGGGGAGCCAGAGCAGCAGGCAGAGGUAGCGGCUGAGGAACCGGCUGCAGCCGAAGAACCGGCUGUGACGGAAGACGCUGGGCAAGAGAAGACGGCUGAGGCAGAGGGUGAGGCAGCUCCUGCCACAGAAGAAUCUGCUACUGUGGAGGCCGGUGACGCUAAGGAGGAGGAAGAAAAAGGAGAGCAACAGCAGGAGGAGGCAGAGGAGGCUCCGAAAGAGGAAGGGCAAGCGCCGGACGCCGCAACAGAAGAUAUUCCAGCGCCAGAUGCGGCGACGGAAAAUAUUCCCGCACCGGAAGCGGCAACGGAAGAUGCUCCCGCGGAACCAGAAGUGGCACCACAGCAAGAGCCAGAAGAGCAAGAGGCCGCGGCAGAGCCUGAGCCAGAGCCCGUGGAGGAGCCACUGGCCGUAGCCACAGAGGUACAGGAGGUCGCUGCGGAGCCACCGAGGAUGGAACCCAUGGACACCAAGCCUCUGGUCAAUCUGGAAGCCACAGCUACAGUCAAGUUUGUCCUGAUGCCGAGCGGCCAGGUUGUGACCUUGGCCUGCACUCUGGGACAGACCUUGGACAACUUGAAGUCGCACUUUGCCUACGAGCUAAAGAUGCCAUCCUCGCUGAUCAUGCUCAUGUUUGAUGGAAAGAGUAUGUCGGACUCCACAACCCUGGCCGACCUUGGCGUGGGCCCUAACGGAACCGUCCAGCUGGAGAUGCAGUCGGCCGACCCCGUGAACACGCCGCUCAAGUCGUACCGCCCACGCCAGGAGUACCACAUGCCGGACGUGAUUACAGUCAGAGUCAUGACAGAGGACUGCGAGUCCAAAGACGUGGUGGUGGAGAUCGAGAGGUCAAGGACAAAGAAGCCGUUUUUGGGCGGAUUCCGGAACAAGAACACGGGAGUGGAGUUUCACAACGCGGCUGCUCAGACAGUGCAGAAGCCGCGCCCUCCUCCCACGACGGAGCGGUUCUGCCGCGACACACAGACGUGCGAACAGAAGAACAUACGACAACAAACAACGAACACGACCAGCACCCAGAUGACGGGUAUCGGGGUUUUCAUCAGCAACAUCGAGGACAAGCUCGUCACCCCAGGCAAAUAUUUCUCUGCUGACGAUCGGUGGGCUUUGAUACUCAGAAACGUGAUCGUCCUGCAGAAGUAUUACCGCCGCUGGCUGGCCAAACGCUACGUGAGGAAGCUGAAGGAAGACAAGGCGGCGCGACUCGAGUGGGAGAGGAAGGAGGAGUUGAGGAAGAAGAAGGAGAAGGAGGAUCGCAUCAAGCGCGACUACGCCCGCAGGAUCGACCCCAAGACAAAGGCCGACUUCGAUAUGCUGCUACACUGCUUAGAGAAAUGGCGCCAGGAAGAGAUGGAGCGCAUCAACUCCACGCUAGAGGGCGCCGAGCGUAAGGCGGCCAUGUGCAUGUUGCUCGACCAGGAGACGGAGCUGCUCUCCGCCAUUGAGAGGCACAAAAACGAGGCCAACACCGACAACAAGGACAAGAGGAUCAUGGCGUUCUUGGACAAGGCGGCGGCUCCCAAGAAGUGGCAAGGUCACGACGGGAAGCUGACCUUCAUGGACACGCCGUACACGAUCCGCGCCAAGGAGCUGCGCGACAUCUACAACAGCAUCAACAUGAAGUACCUGACGCAGGACGAGAGGCUGGACGUUUUGCUCACGCUCAAGCACACCGUCAAGGAACACGACUGUAAACUGACCCAGGAGAUCAUUGAGCUGAUUGACCGCGAGGCCGACCUACUUAUGAGGGGGGUCAAGGAGGGCAAUCUGACGGGCCUGCGUAAGAGAAUCUCCACGCUGUUCCUGCAGUACAUCAAGACGCCCACUUUCAACCCAGAGGCCGCCAAACUGCUCAAGGUGCCACAAGACCCGAGCACGCUGAGGAAGAACAUCAACUACUGCCACAGCUGUGGCAACUACCUGCCCUCCACUGAGUUCUUCAUCACCUCCAACUCCCGCAACGUGGGCCGCUGUCGCAACUGCCACAAGACGGAGAACGAUGGCCGCCAGCGAGAGGACCACACCUACUUCAAGGUCAUGCUCAAGGCCUUGCGCAAGUCGGAAGAAGCCAUGCAGGACGGCAGCAACAUCUGCUUCUUGAUACAGGUGCGUGCCGGCUUUAUUGGGCUUUUAACUCUUACAGUAUUGCCCGGAGCGGGCUACGGACAAGUAUUCAUACACAAAGUCACCCAAAAACACAACUUUGCACGGAACUACUUCUCCCGUCUUCCCGGCAUGGCCGAGCUGUUGAGAGAAAAACUGGGGACCAAGGAUCUCGAGAUGAGAACCGGACCGACCGUCGCUGGGCAUUCUGUACCCAUGGCUGCUCAGAAAGUCUAG